AUGUCUGUGGCAUCUUCAUUCCCAUGCAUCAAACUCCCAGCUUGUUCCUCCUCUCCAUCAUGCACAUCUUCAUCAAAUUCAUCGUUUAGAUUUUCUUCUUCCAAACCUUAUGCUGCUGUCACUGUAAGGAAUUCUCAGACUGAAGGGCCUCUGAGAAGACCAGUGGCUCCUCCUGUGAGAGAACCAUCUAGUAGUGUCCCUCAGCCCCUGAAGCCUUCACCUCCUUCUCAGCCUCCACCCCAGAAGGUUGCUCCUGUUGUUGGGGAUGAUAAGAGUGUCAUUACAUUAGAGUUUCAGAGGCAAAAGGCUAAGGAGCUGCAGGAGUACUUCAAAAAGAAGAAGCUUGAAGAAGCAGAUCAGGGUCCUUUCUUUGGAUUCAUUGGCAAAAACGAGAUUAGCAAUGGAAGAUGGGCAAUGUUUGGUUUUGCUGUUGGAUUGCUAACAGAGUAUGCAACAGGGUCAGACUUUGUUGAUCAAAUAAAGAUCCUUCUCUCCAAUUUUGGGAUAGUAGAUUUGGAGUGA